AUCUUCACAGCCGCCUGUUAUCUUAUAGCAAAAAUGAUAAGAUCCGACGUGAGAUCUCCAAGUACCUUCUUCAAGAGGGUGUUUGCUAUGCAAACAAAUAUUACAAUCUUGGCGAAGCACCCAGAAAUCGAUGUUCCGAAUCUUCAAGUGAUAAAGCUGAUGCAAAGCUUCAAAUCUAAGGAAUACGUGCGUGAAACUUUCGCUUGGAUGCAUUAUUACUGGUACCUUACCAAUGACGGCAUUGAGUUUCUAAGGACUUACUUGAAUCUCCCUUCUGAGAUCGUGCCUGCUACUUUGAAGAAGCAAGCUAAGCCUGAUGGUCGUCCUAUGGGCUCUCCUCGAGAUCGCCCACAUGGUCCACCACGCUUCGGUGACGGUGAGAGGAGAUUUGGUGAUAGAGAUGGCUACCGUGGAGGUCCACGAGGAGGAGGUGAUUUUGGGGACAAAGAGGAGUUCCUGCUGACUAUCAGCCUUCAUUCAGGGGUCCUGGAACAAGGCCUGCCUUUGGUCGAGGAGGUGGCGGUUAUGGUAAUGCUGGGCCUGCCGGCAGUGCAGGUCUUCCUUGAGAUGGAAUGAUUUUUCAUGAGUUUU